CAAUACAAGUGCAAAGCGAGUUCUCGGGCUUGUGAGUUGACUGCCGCAUACGCUAUGGCCAUAGAUUUGCUUGUACGCCUAUUCCGUUGUUCAGGCAUGUCUACACCACCAUCAUUGGACUGUUUUGCUGCAAUCGUUUCGUUGUUGGUGAGUUAGUUGCUGAAGUCAAUGGAAAGUCAUGUAGUAUAACAGUCUUCGUAAAAAACGUAAUAGCUUAUACUUGGCGUACUUGUACCUAUAUACCCCUCAAACCGGACUUAUAUAUCGAUGACGUCUAGCCUCUCUUUAGUCCAAUAUCCCUCUCUUUCUUCAAACAAUCGCACCUAUAUUCCAGAGAAUCACGUACAAAUAUAUACAGACCAAUUAAUCGACAAAAUGCCAAUGCACCUAGAAGGAAGCUGCCAAUGCGGCGGCGUACAGUUCGCCCUCGACUCCCAAACACCGGUCCCUUACCAGCUCUGUGCAUGUGGUAUUUGUCGGAAAGUUGGUGGAUAUGGUGGGAGUGUGAAUUUGGGCGGAAUUGCAAAUAGCCUGAGAGUUUCCAAGGGGGAGAAGCUGAUUAAAAAAUACUCAGCGAUCAAGGCACGCGGAACUCCUAAUGAACAACGCUGCUCAUCCGAGCGCAGCUUCUGCUCGAACUGCAGUACCAUGCUGUGGUUGUGGGAUCAUCACUAUCCCGAGUUGAUUCAUCCGUUUGCGUCGGCGAUUGAUACGGAUUUACCGGUUCCCAAGGAGAUGGUCUGUGUUAUGGACAGCUCGAAGCCGAACUGGGUGCGGUGGCCGGAGGGAGCGAAGAGUACGCAUGAGAUGUUUGGAGGGGAUAGCUUGGAGGGAUGGCAUAAGAAGCAUAUGCUGUUUUACGACUAGGUCUACGAUGCAGAUAACAGUGGACAAUUAUUGAACGUUUCAUUCAUGACUAUCUAGAAUAUACUUCGACGAUCUGUCUGAUGUAACGUUAGCCGGGUUCAUCCAGCGAUGGCGAUACAGAAAUAGUAAGAAC